AUGUCCGCUACGGAUCCUACUCCCGCCCGAACCCCUCGGCUCGAGCAGGCCAUCACCAACCCGGGGACCGUCAAGAUCAACGUCAAGGGGGCUUUCAUUGUGGACGAUGACCCUCGUUCCAAGAGUCCCGUAAGAGAAGAAGGUGUUCAUUACGAGGGCCAGGACAUUCGUCUUCCGCACCACACCGGCGUGGUGAGCCAUGUUGCUGUCGAUAUCGGCGGUUCUCUAGCGAAGCUGGUCUACUUCACGCGCGAGUUAGACUCACUUGACAAUGGCGGGCGGCUGAACUUUAUCAAUUUCGAGACUGACCGGAUAAACCUUUGCCUGGAAUUCAUCAAACGGCUCAAAGAAGAACACCGGGAUUCCAAUGGAGGCUCAAAAGAGGAACUAUGUGUCGUGGCUACCGGCGGAGGCGCCUACAAGUAUUAUGACAAACUCAAGGAGACUUUGAAUGUGGACAUUAUUCGUGAAGAUGAGAUGGAAUGCCUCAUUACGGGUCUUGACUUCUUCAUAACCGAGAUACCGAACGAGAUAUUCACGUACAGCGAAACCGAGCCGAUGCAGUUCGCCGAGGCCCGACCGGAUGUGUACCCAUACCUUUUAGUGAACAUCGGAUCUGGAGUGUCAAUGAUCAAAGUGUCCGGGCCAAAACAAUUUCAGCGUGUUGGAGGAACGCAUCUCGGUGGUGGAACGUUCUGGGGUAUCAUGUCGUUGUUGACAGGUGCCCGGACCUUCGACGACAUGCUAGCAAUGGCGGACCGAGGGGAUAACAGCGGCGUGGACAUGUUAGUCGGUGACAUUUAUGGCAUGGACUACGGCAAGAUCGGUCUCAAGAGCACGGCUAUCGCAAGCACAUUUGGCAAGGUCUUCCGGCUAAAGAACGGCGAGCGAGAAGCGAGCGACGGAGAGGCACCGCAGGACGGGGCCGGCCAAACCGAUGAGUCAAUUUUUAAGCACGAGGAUAUGAGCAGGAGCCUACUAUACGCUAUAAGUAAUAACAUUGGCCAAAUCGCAUACUUGCAAUCCGAAAAACACCAAGUCAAGCAUAUUUACUUUGGCGGUUCAUUUAUUCGAGGACACCGACAAACGAUGAACACAUUAUCGUAUGCUAUCCGUUUCUGGUCGAAAGGCGAAAAGCAAGCGUACUUCCUCCGUCAUGAGGGCUAUAUCGAUCCUACUGAUACUGCUAUCACGCAUGAUAUUGAGAUUAAACAAGAACGCGAGGCUUCGGCUGAAUCGGAUGCUCCUCUCUUUGCAGUUAGACGCUUGACGAACAUCUCACAGCCCCCAAGGAGCAGCACACAACCCGAAUCCAGCCCAACAUCCGCGCACACGGUAACCGCAGAAUCCAAAUUCACAUCAGAGCCUGUGGAACUUGAUCCUGAUCUUAAAGCGAUACUCGAAACAUGGCACGAGAAGGAGGGGAGGACAAUACCGCCUUGCAAAUAUCAUUAUUACAACCCGAAAUGGAGGAAUGGCAUACGGCCCUGGAAAGCGUUUGACCGAGAGGGUCGAGAGGUGGACUUGACACACUUCGUGAUAAAGAACCCAGUUUCAUACCAAGUGAUCGCCGCUCGUUUUCCCGACAAUGGCUUGAAAUUUGUCUGCAGCUACUUAAAGCAUCAUGGGAAGUAUGGCUCCUACUUGCAGGCAUGGCUAGGCUGGGAUGACGGGUUUGAAUCAGAGCCAUGCAUUGUCCGACGCUUUCAUGACCCAGGAGAAAUCAUCGAAUAUCAACCAGAGGCUUGGUCCUACCUGGAAGAGCAGACCAAAAAAGGGCAGCAAGUAACACGCCCGGGGGCGCAAUCUGCAGUUCAACCAUCCCCCCAGUCCGUGACCCGAAAACGAGCUGCUGCUCCGGGAACCACAAACACGUCUGACAGUAAGAGACGCCAAUUGGACGUAAGGGAUAUAUCGCCCUCCGCCUGGGAAGAAACGGACAGUUCUUUGAGUUCAUUAGGUGACGAAGAGAGCUCAGAAGACUCGGAUGACGACGAUGAAAAUGACACCAAUACUGAUACUCGGACCAGUCUUCAGGGGAAUAGCGCCAACGAUCAGCCUCAUCUGGUCAACGCCGACAAAAUGCCUCUCCCGGACAUUGAAGACAAUAGGCCUCCUCUGGUCAACGCCGAUAGAAUGCCUCGCCCGGACAUUGAAGACAAUAGGCCUCCAUCAGUACCAAGUCAAGGGCCAGAGCUGUUAUUCAAACUAAGCUUUUUCAAGUUCACAGUACAGCAUGUCCGUGAUUUCCCUCUGGAGGAAUGCAAAACAAGUAAGGCGCUUUUUGAGAAGGCAUCCGCCUUCUACAGAAUAUUCGGCCGGAAUCUCAAAGUGGACGUUCUAUCCUGCCAGCUUUCCUCACGACCAGAACAGCAUUACAUCUUUGCGGGGAGCGAGGGCGAAUAUAGUCUUCUUGUGCGGCAGGCUCAGGACAUUGCUCGGAGCACGGGGAAGCCUUUGACCAUUGAGGUGGGUCUUGUCCAGUUGUAA